CCCUGCCACCCUGCGGGGCGCGGACAUGGCUCUGCAGGUGCCGUGACAGGUGUCCGCGCAUCCUGCAUUCCCCCGCCCGGAGAGGAUGGAGGGCCCCGAACCCGAGCUGAUCCGGCAGAGCUGGCGGGAGGUGAGCCGCAACCCGCUGGAGCACGGCACCGUCCUGUUCACCAGGCUUUUUGAACUGGAGCCCGACCUGCUGCCCCUCUUCCAGUACAGCUGCCGCCAGCUCUCGAGCCCCGAGGACUGCCUUUCCUCCCCAGAGUUCCUGGACCACAUCAGAAAGGUGAUGCUGGUGAUUGAUGCUGCAGUGACCAACGUGGAGACACUGUCCUCGCUGGAGGAGUACCUGGCCGGCCUGGGCAGGAAGCACCGUACAGUGGGCGUGAAGCUCAGCUCUUUCUCGACAGUGGGUGAGUCUCUGCUCUACAUGCUGGAGAAGUGCCUGGGCCCUGCCUUCACGCCUGCCAUGCGCACCGCCUGGAGCCAGCUCUAUGGGGCCGUGGUGCAAGCCAUGAGUCGUGGCUGGGACAGCGAGUGAGAGGUGGCCUGGGCCCAUUGGUCUGUGUGUUGUUCUGUUGCUCAGGCUCCCCUAAGCCCCCCUAUCCUUCAGCAUCUUGUAUUUGUCCUCUUGGCCAUCCCCCAGAGAGGAGCCAGGCUUAGUCCAAAUCCAUCAGUCCCCAGCUGGCUUUGACUUUUGGAAGGGGCUUCUGGAUUUCCAGAAAUCCCAGCAGCCUUUUCCCUGUCUGCUCCGCAUCCUGACAGCACCCUAUUUUCUACUGUGAGAUGCACCUUUCAGUAGCAAAGAUGGUGCAGGAUCAGAAAGUUAUUGGCACUCUCUUGUCACCUUUUCUCUGGUGAUAGGUCAAGCUGGGGUGGGCUGGCUGAGCUGUAGACCCUUUCCCAUCCUGCCUGUCAGUACUCUGCCAGGGACCUUUGCUGUUCUCCAACUCCGCAGUAGAAACUUGAACCUUCUGGGUU